AUGUUGCAACAAAUUGGCAAACAAUUUUGGGGAAGUCAGCAGAAAUCAUCAGAAAAUAAUCCUAUAAAAGAAGUGGUUGAACAAAGACUCCAUCGCAUCUGUUCACUGACAACGGAAGCCAUGAAGACCUACUCCCUGUUGUUCGUACUGGUGCUUUGCCCGUCUCUGCUGCUGGGACAGAACGUCGUCGACCGCUACCGCAAUUUCAUCAACCAGCACGUGAACCAAGGCAUGAGCAGAACUCGCUGUGCAGAAGUGAUGCGCACCAGGAGAAUUACCGCAGAGAACAACAACUGCAAGCAAACCAACACCUUCAUCAGCUCUACAACAAAUGCGAUCAAAGCGGUGUGCGGCAAUGCUGGGACGCCGUACAAGAACAGCGCCAACCUCAGAAAGAGCCUCCAGCCGUUCCCCGUGAUCAACUGUGAGCAGAGUGGCACCCACCGCCCCCCCAGGUGCGAGUACAGGGGGAGAAGUCAGACCGUCUACGUGGUCCUCGGGUGCCAGGAUGGUUACCCCGUGCACUAUGACCGGGGAGAAAUGUAG